ACCACCCCCAGGAACAUGACUGUUAUCCUGAGGGAGACGCGGACACGCAGCCACAGUGAGCGGCCACCGCGUUUGGGGAAGAUCGGGAUGAUGUGGCCCCUCGCAUCGCUGCUGCUGCUCGGUCUUCUGCGGCCCUGCACCGCCGGAGCCCCGCUCACACAGCACUGUGACUCAUCCAUCGAUGGCACCAUAUUCAAAUACCAGGCAAAGUCCCUGAACGGGAGCCACAAUGUGAGCUUCAGCGACUACAGAGGCAGGAGUGUCCUGUUCGUCAAUGUGGCGACAUACUGAGGUUUAACCUAUCAGUAUGUGGAAUUGAAUGCACUACAGGAGGAGAUGGGACCACAUAGACUCACCCUUCUUGGAUUUCCCUCCAACCAGUUUGGGAAACAGGAACCAGGACAAAAUCAUGACAUCCUGCCAGGUUUAAAACAUGUCAGACCAGGCAACGGAUUCGUGCCAAACUUCCUGCUGUUGGAGAAGCGGGAUGUGAACGGAAAAGACGAACAAGAGGUUUACACAUUCCUUAAGAACUCCUGCCCUCCAGUUGGAGACGACUUUGGCAACCAGGCCAACAGAUUGUUCUGGGAGCCUCUGAAGAUCAGUGACAUCAAGUGGAACUUUGAGAAGUUCCUGGUUGGCCCAGACGGGAAGCCUUUGAUGAGGUGGCACCCAGGUGUCCCAGUGUCUGUGGUCCGAGCCGACAUCCGGAGACACCUGCUCCAACGCCGCUACACCCAGAGAUCUUACACUUAGAUCUUGUAACGAUAUGUGCUGGCAUAGUAAAGGUAGAAUGUAAAAUGAGAGUAAUGUUAACAGAUUCUGAUACACGUAGGUGGCAUGUUGAAUGAAGAGGAGGCUUGAAAACAGGAAGUCUGUGGUGCCUCCUCGGAGCGUGGGGCUCGGGGUCAGCUCUUCAGUGCAUUCAGGCUGCCCUGCGAUCCCACACCACCAUGUCAUCUUCUCACCACAGGACCCGUUAGCCAUUACUGCCUACUUAUGAAUUACUUUAAAUAAAUCAAGAAUAACUCA